AUGGAGAACCAGAAUCCUGCUUCUUCGCCGACUGCACCAAAGGGCACCAUGAGGUCAAGGGAAAGAGGAACCGUAAUGAAGUUCCUAGAUUGCACCGUUUGCUUUGAUAGCAUUGCUGGGCCUGUUUUCCAAUGCACAGAAGGCCACCUGUUAUGUCAGACAUGCUGGUCAAGGCUGAACACGCCCGAUGCAGGCUGUCCUACAUGCUCGGCCGUGUUGGGACGAAUUCGAUGUCGUUUCGCGGAGCAAAUUCGUGAUGCGCUGUCGGGUCUCAACGUGGCCUCACCCUCGAGGACGAGUUCUAAGCAGCUGCCUCACGUUCCUCGUCUGAACGUGCUCAAGUCUGCUUCCGACAAGAUCGGGGUGAACGUGGAGGAUCUGAGGAGCAUCAUCGCCAGAGACGGGGUGGGGCUCAUGGACGCCGUGAUCCUCUCAGCAAGGAAGAAGAUCCGAUCCGACAUACAGGACUCUGGUGGAGUGAACGCUUACGAGCGGAAGAAGCAGCACCGGGACUCCUCAGCCUCCGAGGCCCAAGGGAGGCCUGAGAGGUCCAACGCUGAGCGGCAGCAGUUCGCUUCUCCUAGGCUGACUACCCUCCGCGCGAGCAAGGACAAGCAGGAGCCCCAGGUGAAACCGAAGCCUCCAGAGAAGAGCAUGAGCCAAGAGUCGAGAGGUCAGGUGUCACAGGAAUUUGGAAGCGAGGUCGGCAGGAAAAAAGCUUUGAGGCCCAAAGGUGAUAGAGGCGAAACCCCGCCCAAGGAUGUUCAAGACAUGUACUUGAAAUACAAGGAAACAAUCAGUCGUUCUUCAACGAAUUCCACGAGGGAUCUGAAGCCCAUGCCUCUUAGCGCAAGAAGCUCCAUAGAUGCAGGCUUUGAUUACAAUCGUUUUGCCGCGACGGUCGCGAAAUAUUCGAAUCUUGGAGGUCCACUAGGCUCUCAGUCCGAAAACAACACGGAUGAGGAAGAUUCGUCUGAUGUUGCAGCGGCACGUCCUCGCAAUGCUGGAGAGACUGAAGGCCUAUCGUCGAGCACGUCCGUGAAGGAGAAGGAUAUUGUGUUCCGUUCCCUCCAAGAGUUGAACGGACAAGAAGGAACGGCAGAGGCCAAGGACAGCUCAAUCCUUGAGUCAUACAAGAAAUUUCGUAACGACAUGUCAAAACAGAUAAGGUCUGCUGCUCACACUCGACCAAGUUCGUCGGUGGAGUUCGAUAGAGAAGAAGGUUUUCAGUCGAUUGAAGCUGCGGCCCCAGCCAACGACGCUAAGCAGGAUGAUAGUACACAAGCUGCAAACUCACCGAAGAAUCCUGGAGAUGGUAUUGCUCUAUUCAUAUCGGUGGAGAAAGACAAGGUUGCUGGAGAUCAGCAGCAGAACUCAAAUAAGAACCCUAUGAAGCCUCCAAGUCUUGAUUUGGAGAUGGAGCAGAACAAGAAAACUCGUAAGAAUGUGAAAUUGCUCAAGAACGGUGGCUCUCAGUCAGCGCGAUCUCCAGGCAAUGCCCGAAAGUUUCAUGACAGUCUCCAUGCAGCUAGCAGGACAUACAAAGAUUUGUCACCAAGAAUUUCAAUCUUACGCAAUCACACACAAGCGCUCGAGGCGAUCAAGGCCGGAGACAAUUCUGGAUCUGCAGCGUGGAACAUCGUAGCAAAUGUGCGAAGACGCUUAAGAAGCUGA